AUGCCGGGCAGCGACACGGCGCUCACCGUGGACCGGACCUAUUCCGAUCCGGGCCGGCACCACCGCUGCAAGACCCGGGUAGAACGUCAUGACAUGAAUACCUUAAGCCUGCCCCCGAACAUUCGCCGAGGGGGGUCAGACACCAACCUCAACUUUGACGUACCAGAUGGCAUCCUGGACUUCCACAAGGUCAAACUCAGUGCAGACAGCCUGAAACAGAAAAUCCUGAAGGUGACAGAGCAGAUAAAAAUUGAGCAGACGUCCCGCGAUGGGAAUGUUGCGGAGUAUCUGAAACUGGUCAGCAGUGCGGAUAAGCAGCAGGCCAGCCGCAUCAAACAGGUCUUCGAGAAGAAGAAUCAGAAGUCCGCUCACUCCAUCGCCCAGCUCCAGAAGAAGUUAGAGCAGUAUCACAGAAAGCUCAGGGAGCUCGAACAGAACGGAGCCUCCAGAAGCUCCAAGGACAUUUGCAAAGACAACCUCCACUCUCUGAGAGAUGCCUCUGCGAAGUCUCGAACUGCUCCCCAUGGCCCAGAGUGCGGGAAGUCAGGCAUGCCAGGCGUGUCCCUCACUCCGCCCGUGUUUGUCUUCAGCAAGUCCAGAGAGUUCGCCAACCUGAUCCGGAAUAAGUUCGGCAGCGCCGACAACAUCGCGCACUUGAAGAAUUCCUUAGAGGAGUUUCGGCCCGAGGGGAGUCCCCGGGCCUACGGGGGCAGCGCCACCAUUGUGAACAAACCCAAGUACGGCAGCGACGACGAGUGUUCAAGCGGCACGUCGGGCUCCGCCGACAGUAACGGGAACCAGUCCUUCGGGGCCAGCGGAGCCGGCGUGCUGGACAGCCAGGGCAAGCUGACCGUGAUCCUGGAGGAACUGAGGGAGAUCAAGGACACGCAGGCUCAGCUGGCUGAGGACAUCGAAGCGCUCAAAGUGCAGUUCAAGAGAGAAUACGGUUUUAUUUCUCAGACACUGCAAGAGGAAAGAUACAGGUACGAGCACCUGGAAGACCAGCUGCAUGACCUGACAGACCUGCACCAGCACGAGACCGCCGGCCUGAAGCAGGGGCUGGCCAGCAUCGAGGAGAAGGUGGCCUACCAGGCCUAUGAGCGCUCCCGGGACAUCCAGGAAGCCCUGGAGUCCUGCCAGACACGCAUCUCUAAGCUGGAGCUGCACCAGCAAGAGCAGCAGGCUCUGCAGACAGACGCCGUGAACGCCAAGGUCCUCCUGGGGAAGUGCAUCAACGUGAUCCUGGCCUUCAUGACAGUUGUGCUCGUGUGUGUGUCUACCGUCGCCAGGUUUGUCUCGCCCAUGAUGAAGAGCCGCCUCCACAUCCUUGGCACCUUCUUCGCUGUGACGCUUCUUGCGAUAUUCUGUAAAAACUGGGACCAUAUCGUGUGUGCCAUAGAAAGGAUCAUAAUACCCAGAUGA